AUGAGGACGUCAAAAGCAGAAUUAAUAAGGCAAGACAUGCUUUCCACACCCUGGAAUUCUAAAGCUCUCUCCAUCAACAGCAAAAUCAGGAUUUUUAACACAAAUGUUAAAGCAGUUCUCUUGUAUGGUUCCGAGACCUGGAAAAUUGCUACAACAAUAAACAGCAAAUUACAGUGUUUUAUCAACAAAUGUCUCCGCCAUAUCCUUAACAUCAGAUGGUCUGACACCAUAUCAAACAAAAGCUUAUGGGAGAGAACCAACCAAAAUCCUAUAGAUAUCGACAUAAAGAAGAGAAAAUGGGACUGGAUAGGACACACCUUACGCAAACCCUCAAACAACACCACUAAACAAGCUCUGGAUUGGAAUCCACAAGGAAAGAGGAGGGUUGAGAGACCAAGGCAAACCUGGAGGAGAUCUAUAGAAAUGGAAGCAAAAGAAGCUGGAUUUACCUGGACCCAACUAAAAAGGAUAGCCCAAAACAGAGUCCAAUAA